AUGGCAACGGAGGCGGCACCGGAGUGGCUAGUGAAGGGCGACAACGCGUGGCAGCUGGCGGCGGCGGCGCUGGUGGGGCUGCAGAGCGUGCCGGGCCUGGUGAUCCUCUACGGCGGCAUCGUCAAGAAGAAGUGGGCCGUCAACUCGGCCUUCAUGGCGCUCUACGCCUUCGCCGCCACCAUGGUCUGCUGGUGCCUCUGGGGCUUCCGCAUGUCCUUCGGCGACCGCCUCCUCCCCUUCGUCGGCAGGCCCGAUUUUUCCGGGCUGGACGCCGCCGGCUUCCUCUCCGCCCAGGGCUUCGCCGGCGCAUACCCGGCCGCCACGCUCCUCUUCUUCCAGUUCGUCUUCGCCGCCAUCACGCUCAUCCUCGUCGCCGGAUCGCUCCUGGGCCGCAUGAACUUCAAGGCCUGGAUGCUAUUCGUGCCGCUCUGGCUCACCUUCUCCUACACCGUCGGCGCCUUCAGCGUGUGGAGCCCCAACGGGUUCCUCUUCAAGGCCGGCGUCAUGGACUUCGCCGGCGGAUUCGUCAUCCACCUCUCGUCCGGCAUCGCCGGCUUCACCGCCGCCUUCUGGGUCGGCCCGAGGACGGCCAAGGACAGGGAGGCCUUCCCGCCGAACAACAUCCUCCUGACGCUCGCCGGCGCGGGCCUGCUGUGGAUGGGCUGGACCGGGUUCAACGGCGGCGCGCCGUACGCCGCCAACAUCGAUGCGUCGGUCGCCGUCGUCAACACGCACCUCUGCACGGCCACUAGCCUGCUCGUCUGGCUCAUCCUCGACUCAUUCGUCUUCGGCCGCCCGUCCGCCGUCGGCGCCGUCAACGGCAUGAUCACCGGCCUCGUCUGCAUCACCCCCGCCGCCGGGCUGGUGCAGGGCUGGGCGGCCAUGCUGAUGGGGCUCCUCUCCGGGAGCGUGCCGUGGUUCACCAUGAUGGUUCUCCACAAGCGGUGCCGGGUCCUGAAGCACGUCGACGACACGCUCGCCAUACUCCACACGCACGGCGUCGCCGGCAGCCUGGGCGGCAUCCUGACGGGCGUCCUGGCCGAGCCGCGGCUGUGCAGGCUCUUCUUCGGCGACGACCCGCGGUACGUCGGUCUCGCGUACGCGAUCAGGGGAGGCCGCGCGCACGCGGGGCUCCGGCAGAUGGCCGUGCAGCUGGCCGGGAUCGCCUUCAUCCUGGUGCUCAACGUCGUCGUCACCAGCGUCGUGUGCCUGCUCGUUGGGCUGCUCGUUCCGCUGCGACUCAGCGAGGAGCAGCUGGAGGCCGGCGACGACGCCAUCCACGGCGAGGACGCGUACGCGGUGUGGGGCGACGGCGAGACGUACGAGCAGUCCGUGCAUGGGAGCCGUCGGUACCAGAUGACGGCCAAUCCUAUGUCGUCCAAGGUCGAUGACAUAGUGCAAUCGUGCUGA